CUUUUUUUCGCUAGAUUUAAAGUUGAAUACUACGAAAACGACCACAAAGUUGGUGAAGGCGAAAUUUUGUUCAUUCGGCCAAGAGAUCCGCGAAAAGGUGAAAAGAGCGAGGUCAAAACCUGGGAAGAGUUUGGUUUCCAUCUGGACGCACGUUACUGGGGGAAUAGUCCAUAUCUGAGCGAAGACGACGUCGACGAGUUGACCUUCUGUUGUUGUGCAUGUUGUAACAAAAGGUCCCACCUGAGCGGUUUGUCUGAGCUCCUCUGCCACAAGUUCCCGAAUCACAGCACAGCUAAUCAAUUCUUUACACCUUUAAUGUUCUCCGCCUAUCAUCGUGAAGGCUUCCGAGCGUGCGUUGAAGCGGAAGCUGCUGAAUUUCUCAAGGAUAACCACGAUGUCCUUGAAGUGUGA